GAUAAAUAUAGAAAUCUGCUUCAUAUUACAUCUGGACUGCCUGGGCGAGUGAGACUUCCAGGGGGAGAAUGACAUACAUUUGUAGGAAAGUGGAAGAGAGAAACUGUACGUAAGCUCAUGUAUACAGUGAGAGGAUUUUGGAAACAACAGUGACUCCUACCUAUAGAUAAUAAGAGAGAUACGCAAGCCGAGGUGUCCGAUGUUCUCAACUUGUACACCUGUCACAGAGACAGCUUCCUAAGAGUGAGGCCUGUGUUGAAAGAAAAAGCAUGAGACUGCUGAGAGGGCAAAAAGAUUGCUGAGAUCGUAAUAGAUCCCUAAAUACAAACCCAUCGUGGGACGUUGAGGAAAGUAAUAGUGAGGCACACAGCAACACACAGGGAUCAGGCAGAAGUAGUUUGAGGCUUCGGGCUGUCAGUGUGACAGAGAGUAGGGGGAGAGAGAUUCUUUUCUUUGUUGGGAACAUCUGGUGAGACUGCUCCGUAGCCAUGGAUAUGAACUCUAUAGUAUCGGAAAUUAGGCGGCCCAAGCCCCAAAAUGAGGGUCAAACAGGCGCGAAGCGUGCAUCUGCCAAGCCAAAGAAAAAAGGUCCUGCUAAACGUGCUACUGUUUAUUUUGAGGUGGAGAUCCUUGAUGCAAAGACACGGGAGAAGCUCUGCUUCCUGGACAAGGUGGAGCCCAAUGCCACCAUUGUAGACAUAAAGAACAUGUUCAACAAAUCCCAUCCUGAGUGGUACCCUGCCCGCCAAUCAUUACGUCUGGACCCUAAGGGAAGGUCACUGAAAGAUGAGGACAUCCUGCAGAAUUUGCCAGUGGGAACAACAGCAACUCUGUACUUCAGAGACCUGGGAGCACAAAUCAGCUGGGUCACAGUAUUCCUCACAGAGUACGCGGGGCCUCUCCUUAUCUACUUACUCUUCUACUUCCGAGUCCCCUUUAUUUAUGGCCCCAAAUAUGACUUCAUCACAAGCCGGCACUCGGUGGUCCACCUAGCGUGUAUCUGUCAUUCGUUCCACUACAUUAAACGUCUACUGGAGACACUCUUUGUACACCGUUUUUCCCAUGGCACAAUGCCUUUCAGGAAUAUUUUCAAGAACUGUGUGUACUACUGGGGAUUUGCAGCCUGGAUGGCUUACUACAUAAAUCACCCCCUGUAUACACCACCAGUUUUUGGAGAGGAGCAGGUGAAAUUGGCCGUUGCUAUAUUCCUGUUCUGUCAGCUGGGGAAUUUCUCCAUACACAUUGCUCUGAGGAACCUGCGGCCAGCUGGCUCAAAGACACGAAAGAUUCCUUUCCCAACACGUAAUCCAUUCACAUGGCUCUUCCUACUGGUGUCCUGCCCCAACUACACAUAUGAGGUGGGCUCCUGGUUUGGCUUUGCUAUCAUGACCCAAUGUCUUCCUGUCGCCCUCUUCACUUUGGUUGGAUUCAUCCAGAUGACAAUAUGGGCCAAAGGAAAACAUCGCAGCUACCUGAAAGAGUUCAGAGACUACCCACCUCUCCGUUCACCCAUAAUCCCUUUCAUCCUGUGACCUUUGUCUCCCUAGUGCAACCUGUUUGAUCCAUUCAUAACCCUGACCUCUAGCCUCCCACAAAUGCACUGAGCUGAAAAGCCCUGCACUGAAGUCGGCAGUCCUGUCUUAUCUCGGGCUGUCCCUGGAAUAAUCAGUCGCAUUUUUUUUGUGUGACGAAGGGAUGAAUUUUAUUGGUUCAACUUGUCAGCGCGGUAUGGUAUUAAUAAACCAAGGAGAUAUUACAAGUA